GACCCCCGGUGCGGGGGUAGGGGGGUCCGGCCCAAGGGACGCCUGGCCCGCGACCGAUGGCGGGAGGGCGCGGCGCGGUCCGGGACGCCACAGCUCGAGUCGGCCACACGGGAGGGCCGCGCUGACUCCGCCGCAUUGUCCCGGGCCCUGCGCGCCGGCCCUGAGCCGCGCCACCACAGUACGCACCCACCCGCAACCGCACCGCGAGGCCAUGCGGAGAGCCGCGGGGAUGGAAGACUUUCCCGCAGAGGAGGAGCCCUGGUACGACCCGCAGGACCUGGAGCAGGACUUACACCUGGCUGCAGAGCUGGGGAAGACCCUGCUGGAGAGGAACAAGGAGCUGGAGGAAUCUCUGCAACAGAUGUAUGCCACCAACGAGGAGCAGGUGCAGGAGAUUGAGUACCUGACCAAGCAGCUGGACACGCUGAGACACGUCAACGAGCAGCACGCCAAAGUGUAUGAGCAGCUGGAUGUCACUGCGCGGGACCUGGAGCUGAACAACCAGCAGCUGGUGGUGGAGAGUAAGGCUGCCCAGCAGAAGAUCCAUGGGCUGACAGAGACCAUCGAGCGCCUGCAGGCCCAGGUGGAGGAGCUGCAGGCCCAGGUGGAGGAGCUGCAGGCUCAGGUGGAGCAGCUGAGGGACCUGGAGCAGCUGCGAGUGCGCCAGGAGAAGCGGGAGCGCAGGCGUACCAUCCACACCUUCCCCUGCUUCAAGGAGCUCUGCACCAGUCCCCGGUGUGAAGACGCCAUCCGCCUGCACAGUUCCUCCCUGGAACUAGGCCCGCGGCCCCUGGAGCAGGAGAACAAGCAGCUACAGACCUUGGUCGGGGUGCUACGGUCACAGGUGAGCCAGGAGCGGCAGCGCAAGGAGCGGGCAGAGCGCGAGUACACGGCCGUACUGCACGAGUAUGCGGAGCUUGAGCGGCAACUGGGCGACAUGGAGAGCUGCCGCCUGCGCGUGCAGGAGCUGGAGGCCGAGCUGCUGGAGCUGCAGCAGAUGAAGCAAGCCAAAACCUACCUGCUGGGCCGGGAGGACCACCUGACCGAGGCCCUGCUCGCACCCCUCACCCAGGCCCCUGAGGCAGACGACCCUCAGCCGGGCAGCGAGGACGACUCGGGUAUCCAGGAUGGUGUCUCGUCGUCACCACCAACCCCAGGCCACGCCGUGCGCAAGAGCUGCAGUGACACAGCACUCAACGCCAUUGUGGCCAAAGACCCAGCCAGCCGGCAUGUGGGCAACCUGACGCUGCAUGCCCACAGCGUGCGUAAACGCGGCAUGUCCAUCCUGCGUGAGGUGGACGAGCAGUACCAUGCUCUCCUGGAGAAGUACGAGGAGCUGCUGAGCAAGUGCCGGCAGCACGGGGCCGGGGUGCGGCACACCGGCGUGCAGACCUCACGACCCAUCUCCCGGGACAGCUCGUGGAGGGACCUGCUCGGGAGUGAGGAGGGCCUUGGGGAGGCCAAGGCUGGUGAGAAGAGCCUGAGCCAGCACGUGGAGGCAGUGGACAAGCGGCUGGAGCAGAGCCAACCAGAGUAUAAGGCGCUUUUCAAGGAAAUCUUCUCCAGGAUCCAGAAAACCAAGGCGGACAUCAAUGCCACCAAACUCAAGACUCAGAGCACCAAGUGACCCUCCUUCCUCCUUCCCCACCCCUACUAUGGGCCUCAUGCUGCCUCCAGAAAGAGAGAGAGCAAUACAUGAGAGCUGGUGGCCAUGUUGUCUGGAGCCGUCUCCAUGUGGAGCUGGCCAGCCUGUUCUGCCUCCAAUGACCUGGCUCAAUUUCAAAGCCAAACGUCUCCCUUCCUCCCUCACCCUGGGUGGCGGGGGCAGAAGGGGGCAGAGGGGACUCCCAAGCUCUCCUUGCUCUGGCUUCCUGACCCUGGAUCUCCUCCUCAGAUGGGGAGAUGUGCCCAGCUUCUAAAGCCAUUCUACCUCGGUUGGCUCUUUUUUCUUUCCAAAUUUCAGUUUUUCUGAGAUUUCCAAGGCAAGGUCUCUCACUGACCCCUUGCUACAACUGGAAACACUUGAAAGUGUCCUCAGAGCCGGCCAUGGCAUGUUCUGGGCUCUCCGGGACCACCCAACUGCUUCUUACCAAGCAUGCCUCACCACCAUUCCCCGAGUGCCAACUGCUCGCCCCAGGGGCCUGAGCAGAUCCCCCCUUGGCUGCCCAGCCCCCUCCUUAUCCAGGACCCUCUGCCCACCACAGAUCUGUAGCCAAUCAGAGGAUGGAGUCUUGGGGCCAGGCCCCACCAGACCUGCCCCAGAAAUACCUUCUGGGCAGGUUAAGCCUUCUGGGGGGCCAGGUGUGGGGAGCCCCCGCUGGUCUGCACUCUGACUCUGCCUCCCACUCUCCACCUGCUCCCCAUCUCAGGGACCAUGACGUCUCAUUCACUCCAC